AUGAGGUACCCGGUCGACUCGGUUGCCGAGGGCUUGAUGAAGAAGUUCGAAGUGACUGAGGUCGAUGCAAAGACUUUCGUCGCAAAGGCGAUCUUGGAUGGCCAGAAGUUGGAUAAGUUCGGCUACGGCAAGGGCGAUGGCACAGACAGAGUGAGGUUGUGGAAGAAGGUUGUGAUGGAUGAUGCUAACCUCACCCUGACCGUGCAGGAUUUUGUCCCAGAGGCGGCUCUGGGUGCAUGGGUUGGUGAGGCCUCGGACAAGGUUCCUCUCAACAACUGCAUCGUUCAGUUCGAGAGAAAGCCGCCGCGACUUAUUUUUAUCUUCGAUGACCAGGAAGGCAAGCGACAGGCGGACGAUGCAAUGAAGAACGCACUGUAUACAUGGUCGGAUGCCAUCGUCGGUGGUGUCAUCACAUUCAAGACUUCCAAAGUGCAGGUGACCGGAAAUGCGCCCUCCAUCGUAGAUGGAGGAAAGACGCAGAGCAUGAUUACAUCUCCCAUGGACGAUCUCGUGGGAUACGACAAAUUCUGGGACCAGCACCUCAAGUAUUGCAAGGACUUCGUCCGAAAUAUGCCUGGAGCUCAGUGCGAAGACAUAUCCCCCGACGAGUUCAAGGGCACGGUUGUUCUCGACCCCGCCAACCCGUCCGAGGUUACGACUCACAAGAUCGUGUCGUCGAAGUCCGACAACAAGGUGAAUUGGACCGUCGAGUAUCAGGGCAAGGUAGUUUCCGAGAUGCAUCGCAUCGUCCAUCAAUCUCCGCUGGUUCUGGAGGGCUGGGACAUGGACGCCUCGGGAACUCGUGUCGCCGGGACCUCCAAAGCCAAAGAAAUGCAGAAAGCCGUCAAUGAGAUCGUCCGCAAGGCCAGCAGCUGGUUUGGCUGCAUGGAACGAAGAGAGGUUCCUGCAGCUACCCCGCUGGUUCCCUUCGUCCUGAAGGGCCCCCCACCAAGCUGCACCAAGGAGGACCGCGUGAAGGCGCUGAAGUACGCCGCUGUGGUGCCGCCUUCUGCGAAAAAGGCAAACAUGGGCAGAAACGGCAAGCUGUGGGUCCAGGCCAUGGCGCGCUUUGUACUUGUGACUUCGAGUCUCAGCCAGGAGUUUCGCAUCAUGCAAACAGGCCACGCGCCCGGGCCGUCGAAGGGCUGCGAUAGGAGUCCUGGAGCCAAGUCGAAGAGCCUAGGAGGUCCUGACAUUUUCGUACACAAGAGGAACGUUCGCCGGGAUGAACAGGGGAGGCGAGUGGCCUUGAAGGAAGGGGAGCGCGUCGAGUUCGAGUUGCAGCCGGACCGAAGUCCUUGUCACUUCUGGCGAUCUGCUGCCGGCCAUGCUGCGAGGAGCCCGGCAAGGUCCUGCCGCCCUAGGGAGCGGGCUGGGCCUUCUCUUCCGGACGACUGGGCAACAUUGCAGAAGGGAAGAUCGGCAUCAAGAGUCACCAUUGGCGUGACGUUGCCAGCUUCUGUGAAUGUGAAUGCACAGCGUAUCUUCUGCACGGAUAUGCAACGACGACGGCCAGAUCAUGACCGACCUGCCUGGUGA